CAAUUGAGUGAAAGAAAAUGCCUAAAAGGAAACAACAAGAUGCCCCAAGCCGCGCCGUGCCGAUACCACGUGGAAAGAGACGCGUCACCCCGUCCAGCACGGAUGGUCCACAGCAAAAUGUGGAUGUAACUGCUGAUUCUCCAACCCUCCACGAACCGUACCCCUUACAACAAGCUUCAUCUACUUUUUACAACUCGGCGCCAACUAUGGCCUUGUCCAGGGAGCAACUGAAUGAGGUGACUCAGGCGGUAGUCGCUGUGCUCUCUCAGAGGAUGGAGUCCUCUAACCCCCUGGUGGUCCAAGAGGCACAAACAGACAGCGACCAGUCAGGUACUGAUUUAUCAACCAUAGUAGCUACCCCCAACAAUUCACAGGUGCAAAGUUAUCAGAAUGAACUGGGACAAUCUGAGCAUCUGUUCCCAGGGCUCAAAUAUUUUGUUUGUUUUUAG